AGAGAGGAGUUUGUUUGUACGUGGGAUCACCACUUCCUUGUUGUUCCGCGGUGAAAAUCAUAUUUUUAUUCUAGGUUUCUACAGUAGGCUACUACAAUAAUUUGUCAGUGGAAAUGGAUGUUGUGACCAGCGAUGGCCAGGGAAAUGGUGACUCAGGUCCCAGCGACACUGUUAAAAUUCCAGAAAGGCUACUGAAACGCGAUCAGUUGAGGCUAGAGGAUGUAGAAAGGCGGAAGGAAGCAAAAGAGAGCCUGUCCGUAACCGAGGAGAGGAGCGAGUUCUUUUCAAGCACGUUUAAGAGCGAGCGGUUGGCAAUUGAGAGACUCCUUUCGGCCUGCUCUGAGGAUGACUGUGCGUUUGCGACGCAAACGCUGGAAGAGGUGACACUGAAGACACAACAACUCCAAAAGUUUUUAAACGAUAGCAUGACAUUUCUGACGCAGUACGAGCUGAGACAGGCACAAGCGUCUCUUCAAAAACUGCAAACCUCCCUGGCUGAGAAAAGAGAGGUGGUUUUGCCCAAGAAAAAAUUCGCCUUUCGUUCUCGUAAUACUGGUGCAAGUAACCCAAAAGUAACCGCAGUAGUCGCCAAUUCCCCAGCAUCUGCCACUACUGUCGAUUCUGGUGGUGUUAAAUUGCUCGGAACUUCCCAUCCGGAUCAGUGCGGGUUUUCCCACAUCAGUUCUCAGACGCUGAUCAAGUCAGCUGAGGAGAUCCAAAAACAAGAUGUACUGCUGACACACCUUACUAAUUGCAAAGUUCGUCUUUUUGGUGCCCCAAGUACUUUGCAUGUUAAACAUGUCCGUGACUGUGAGAUCUUGUGUGGACCGGUGUCUAGUUCAAUAUUUGUUGACCACUGUACAAACUGCGUUCUGGUCUUCCCCUGCCAGCAACUAAGAACUCAUAACACCACUGACACUGAGGUGUAUCUGCAUGUCACAAGCCGAGCCAUCAUAGAGGACUGCCAAAGGGUCCGCUUUGCCCCCUUCUCCUGGUCAUACCCCGGCCUGGACAGUGACUUCCUUGUGUCUGGUCUGGACCAGAAUCGAAACAACUGGACCCAAGUGGAUGACUUUAAUUGGCUCGCCACAAGCACCCCCUCCCCCAACUGGAUUGUCAUCCCGGAACCUGACAGAAGAAAUGACUGGGAUGUCUAGAAGUACACACCCAUCACGAGUGGACUUUAAAUCAGUCAGUAGAUCAAUAAAAUGUUCCUUCAGUCCCAACCUGACUGUUAAAAAUAUCAAAACUGUUAACUGAUGUACUUAACUUCACAUACAUUUGCUCUGUGUCUAUGAUCAAACAAUAUGAAUAAAAAUGGCUGAUGGCCUGACUUAAA